UGUCACGCUAGGUGCACAGAGCAGCAGACUGCAGUCGUCGCAUUAAGCGCGUGACUGGUUACCAAGCGAUCGCAACAUCGCUGCGCAGCGCGGAAUAGCGCAUCGACGCAUUGACACCGGUCGCAUCCUGUUUGACAAGCUGCCUGGCAAAAGAGCAAAAACUAGGCGAUAAAUUCAAUCAAUUCGCUGUGACGCGCAUCGAUGGAUCCGAAGCGCAGCACCAAGAAAAAGAAGAAGCAGAAGCGCAAAUCAGCCGGCGGACCGCCGCGCGAGCUCGUGCGCGAGGCGAAGACGUACGCGGGCCCGGUCGCCGGCUGCGUCUUCACGACGGUGCGAGGCGUGACGGGCUACUACAGCGACGGCCCGCGCGCCGCGCCGGCGCCGAAGAAGGCUAAAACGCCGGAACGCGUCGAAGCGCCGAAGCCGGAGCCGGAGCCCGAGCCCGAGCCCGCGGCCGCGGACGAGCCGGAGGCCGCCGCCGAGGAGGACGACGAGGCGCCGGACGACGACGACGAAGAAGAGGAGGAGGAGCUCGAGGGCAAGCCCGCCUGGGCCGCCUUAGGCCUCCACACGGCGCUCGUCGACGCGACGACGGCUGUGGGUUGGACGAAGCCGACGAGAAUUCAAAGGAAGGCCAUUCCCGUGGCGCUGGCAGGUAGAGACGUGAUCGGCCUGGCGGAGACGGGCAGCGGGAAGACCGGAGCAUUUGGAUUACCCAUCAUGCAUAAAUUGUUGGAGAAGCCGUCGCGGUUAUUCGGCACCGUCCUCGCACCCACGAGGGAGCUUGCCGUCCAGAUCCACGAGGUCUUCGACGCGCUGGGCAAGGCCAUCGGGCUGCGCUGCGUGUGUAUUGUUGGAGGGGUAGAAGUGGCCCAGCAAUCUUUAGCUUUGGCAAAACAGCCGCAUUGUAUCAUAGCGACGCCGGGUCGACUCGUAGAUCACCUCGAGAACACGAAGGGCUUCCACCUGCGAGGCUGUAAAUGCCUGGUCAUGGACGAGGCGGACCGCAUGCUGAGCAUGGACUUUGAGGCUGAGCUUGAUGCGAUCUGUCAAGCCAUACCCUCGGAAGGAAGAUCGUCGAUGCUCUUCAGCGCGACCAUGACGUCGAAGGUCGCCAAGCUCCAGCGGGCGUCGCUCCACAAGCCCGUGAAGGUCGAAGUGAAUGAUAAAUUUGCGACGCCUCGGAACUUAACGCAAGAGUACUUAUUUAUUCCUGCCAAGCACAAGGAGUGCUACCUCGCUGCGUUGUUGGACAUGAACCGCGGUCGAAGUGGAUUGGUCUUCUGCGGGACCUGUGCGGGGGCUACCAAAGUCUCACUACUGUUACGCCAACUCGGGUUUGAGGCGCAGGCCCUCCACGGCAAGAUGGACCAACCUAAAAGGUUAGGAGCUCUCAGAGCUUUCAAGAGUGGAGAUGCGAAAGUACUGGUGGCCACGGAUGUGGCCGCGCGCGGUCUAGAUAUUCCUACGGUCGACCUCGUGUUGAAUUACGACAUCCCAAGCCACGGCAAGGAAUACGUCCAUAGGGUCGGGCGGACAGCUCGCGCUGGGAGAAAGGGUAGAGCAGUGGCCUUCGUGACGCAGUACGACGUCGAAUUGUAUCAACGGUUGGAGCACCUGCUAGGUAGGCGGCUCCCGAAAGCCGAUGUGGACGAAGAUCGAGCUCUAGCGUUUCUAGAUAGGGUGACCGAGGCGUCGCGCACGGCCCAGCGGCAGAUGAACGACGACGACGCCUUCAAGAAGCGCCGAAAGAAGCGUGACGACUUCGACGACGAGGACGAUGCUGUCGACGAGAAGCCGCGGCACAAGUUCGCGGGGCUGAAGAAGAAGAAGCACGCUUCGUCGAAGAAGCGGCGGAGGUAAGUUAUCGUUGUUUUA